AUGGCAGUACCGAUAGAGGAGAUUCCCCGUCUCCAAACUCCCAUAAUCCAAUUCCAUUCUACACACAAUGGCGCCACCUGGAAUGAGCCCACCUUCAUCUCCCACGGCCACAUCAAGAGUUCCACGGCCCUCCAGUACGGCUUUAGCAAUCUUGACUACAUCUAUGACCGCGAGGCUCGGAAGGUUUCGAACUUCCACGUGUUUUCUAACGACCAGGGCGUCUUCGGCGGCAUCCUUGGCACUGAUAACCCAAUCGCGACGUUGUUGGCUCUGAAGUCUCGAUCCCAACCGACAUGGGACUUACCUAUGCCCAUUGGCAAAGGCAUGGAUAAGAAUAAGAUUGUUGAGUUGUCGAAGGUGGCGAGAACUUACGGUACCUCCCGCUUCAAGACUCAGCUCCCCGAUCACGCGAAUAAUAGUGCUAUCAUCCGGGCCUAUCCUGAUGCUGCCCAGGGCUUUGUGAAGGCUAAGGUCCUGCUUCUCACCAACGCCAACAAGAAGUCCGUGCGCGUAAAUGGUACCAUUCUACUCUUGUGA